CGGGGCCAGGGCGGGGCGGGAGUCUUCCUGGCAGGUGCCGGGGGCGGUGCCCGGCCCUGCCCCCGGGGGCCGUUCCUGGAGGCCAGAGGCGGGUCAGAGAAGCGGCCGGUGCGGGCGACGCCUUGGAACCCACAGGCCGCCACUGCCGCCACAGGUGCCUCACAGUGCCCUCUGUCCUCGCUCUGGGAAUCAAAACCCCGGUUGGGAACUGAGGCUUCCGAGCUGCUUCCAACCCUGGACACCAAGGCCCCCACCGGCCGGAGAACGAAACCCUGGGGUUGUCUGAAGAGGGGGGCCAGGAGUCCCCAGGGCCAGACAGCGAAGCCCCAGAGCUGCUGCGGAGCUAAACACCGAGGUCCCCAAGCCCCCCGCAAAGGACGUGUUGAUCUUGGAGCAAGAGAGCGAAGUCCUCGAGCCAUCAGUCGAGCAGGACGCAGAGAGCCCCGGGCUGUCCACAGCUGCGGGCUUUGAGAGUCCCGAGCCAGGCAGAGACGACCCUGGGCCGUCCGAAGCGCAAAGAGCGGAGGUCCAGGGGCAGCGUCCCUGUCCAGGCCCUAAGACCUCCUCCUCCAGGUCCGACUCGGAAGCCCCCCACCCGCGUUUUCCGCCGUGCCCCGAGGCUCCCCAGCGUCCCCCGGAGGAGCGGUUCAUGGAGACGCCCAUCGAGCGCGAAAUCCGCCGCAGCUGCGAACGCGAGGAGAGCCUGCGCCGGAGCCGGGGCCUGAGCCCGGGCCGCGCAGGCCGUGAACUCGUCGAGCUGCGCGUGCGGCCGGUGCUCAACCUGCCAGGUCCUGGCCCCGCGCUCCCGCGCGCCCUGGAGCGGGCGCGGGCGGGCGCGCAGAUGCAGCGGGACAUCGAGCGAGAGGCCCACCGGCAGGCGGCGCUGGCGCGCCCCGCGGCCCCCGAGCCGCGCGCCCGGUCGCCGCCGCAGCCGCUGGGCGAACUCAAGCGCUUCUUCGAGGCCGCGGCGGGGAGCGGCUCCUCGUUGGGGGCGGGGGACGGCGCGGGUCCGCAGAGGCUGCCAGAGCCUGGGGGACGGCCGCGCUCGGCCGUGCAGGGCGGGUGCCCGGUGCUGGGCAGCGCCCCGCCGCCUUUCACUCCGUCACUGCUGGAGCAGGAGGUGCGCGCGGUGCGCGAGCGCGAGCAGGAGCUGCAGCGCCAGCGGCGCAGCGUCUAUGGCACCGCGGAGUUCAAGGAGCCUACGCCGAGCCUCACCGCGAGCAGGGGCGACGGAAAGUUGGCGGUGAUCUGGCCCCCCCGCAGAAAGGUCUCAGAGAACGGCCUGGAGCAGGUGGGAGCCCCCUUACCCGUGCGCCUCUAGCGCUUGUCGGUCCCCCCACCCCUCCGGUGCCAGGACGCUGGGUGGGGAAAGGUGCAUCCCUCCUGGAGGGCCACUCUGGUCAGAACUCGGUCUGGGACGCACCCCCGGGGUGAAGAGGAGACGGUGGUCUUGGGGCCCAAACCGCCACCCUGAGCCUGGAUGCAGUGCGCAGGUCCCUGAGGCCGGCCUUCCUUCUGGCCCUCUGUCCCCAGGAGGAGCGCAAACCUUGAGGUUUGAAAAGGCUGGGACCCCCGGCCGGAAGUAACAUACGCGUCAGAGGAACAGGGCGGGGGGCGUCUAGCAGAAGGCCUGGAGAAGGGUCGGCCCUCUGCAUUGGGGAAGAUGAAAUCGACUUCCCUUUGUGAAAUUAACCAGUCCCCUCUAUAAAACUUACAGUCCCCCAUUGGGAAACUGACCACCACCCACAACUCCGCCAGUGAAACUGCCCAGCCCUUCUCUGCCUAAUUGCAAACUGAACUACCCUCUCCCUUGACUGUUAAGAGGGCCGGAGUUACCGCCUCGAUUGCCCCACUCCCCCCACCCCCAAUAAAGCCUCUUCUUUCAGGGCA